UUUUUUGGAUUGGCGACAACGUCAUCGCCGACUUGUCAAAUUCUGACACGCUGUCACUUUUUGGUAUCGUUCCGAAAUUUUAAUUAACUUUUUCAAUAAAAAAUGCCUCAAAUAGGUUCCGUAAUUUCUAAAUUCUAUACGGAAUAUAAUACAAAAACUCCGAAGAAACUUAAAGUUAUCGAUGCGUAUUUAUUGUAUAUUUUGCUUACCGGUAUCGUGCAGUUUGUUUAUUGCUGCCUUGUGGGCACAUUUCCUUUCAAUUCCUUCUUGAGUGGGUUUAUUUCUUGUGUUAGUAGCUUCGUUUUAGCAGUAUGUCUUCGGCUGCAGGUCAAUCCAGAAAAUAAAAGCCAGUUUUCUGGAAUCAGUCCAGAAAGAGGAUUUGCUGACUUUAUUUUUGCUCACGUUGUGUUGCAUUUAGUUGUAAUGAAUUUCAUUGGAUAAAUUUGUGAAAUUUGUUUUGAUUUUUGUAUUAAGUUGUAAUUAAAUAAAUGGUUAAACGAUACAA